AUGCCUCCGUUGCACCAACAGAAGAAUCCCCUGAGUUCUUCUCCCUCCAGGAUGUUUGACAAUUUCAUCUUUGGGGACCAGACGCCUAGGAUUCGACCACGCCAUCCGGAGUCAACCCAUGAGUCCUGGACUCCGUAUAAUGCAACCGUUGGUCAGGUGCUAGAGAACAACGAACUGUACUACAAGACUAGUCCUACGCUUAGAAGAGACGCUGCCAUGCUCUCAAAUCACAAUGGUCAGCAGAUAAACCAGAUGGGUCAUCCAAUUGGAUCUUCACCUGCAAAUGCCACUCUGGGAUCAGCGGACGCCCAUUUCCAGUCACUUCUCAAUGCCGAAUUUCCCUUCAGUACGGGUACAACUCCCGGCGAUCGUUUGUUCCGGGUCUCGGAUUUCUUGCAAGACGAGAUGGCCCCGAUGAGUGGUGCCCUGUAUGAGUCUCCGACAAAGUUCUACGAGAGUUUACUUGGGAAGGAGAACGAAACACCAUACUCCAAGCGCAUUGAAGAUACACAACUGAGACUGAAGACUCCUCUUCGCGAAGUCACUAACCAGCGGAGAAGCCGAUCUCCAGCUAAAAAGGACACGUUCACCACACCCGCAGCCAAAGUGCACCAAUCGUCGCCUUCAACGAUCAUCAUAGCGAGCUCGCACGCAAACACGGUUCAGCGGAAGGCCAUCAAGAACGAGAUUCUACAGAGUCCUACGCCAGCCAAGAAUAGCUCCUCGUUCAACAAACAAAGGUUGGAAAGUCCUCAAGUCUCCGUGACUUCCACAGCUCCUACUAUGGGAAUCUUUUCAGACACCAAGAAGAAGUCCGCGCCCGAAACAAAGAAGCGCGGGCUCACAGACAUGCAGAGCGGAAUGAACCGGUUCCAGAUAGUGAUGGCGGAUGUGGCAGAAUUAGCCAAACCAAAGAAGAAACGGUCGGAGAAGGGAUUGAGCAGAGCACACACAACGGUGCAGGCCCAGCCCCAGAACCAUUCCCUCCAUCGACCAUCACAGAACCAGCAACACCAGCAGAAAAAGCCCAUCGCAAGGAGCGUUUCUGUGCCCUCGUAUCCGGAGGGCUUUUCAUUCGAUUCCGGGUCUAAGGACAUGACCCCAGAACAGUUUCUCGGAAACUUGCUCAAGAACCGUAACCUAUUGGACGGCGACGAGGAUGCCGGACUGGAUGCGCUUUUCGAGGUGGAAUUGGACCCGCAAUUGCUGGGAGAGGAGCAAAAGUUUGUGGAUCAGUGA